AUAUCACUUACUCCUCCGCUCCAUAGCUGCAGUAAUCAAUGCCGUCGCAGCCUCCAAAGCUGCUAUCCCUCCAUUAAAAGCCGUUUCAGCCGCCGCCACAGCAUCUUUAUCAUUGCCAUCCAAAUGUCUCCCUCUCACUUUCACUUUCCCUUGGACAAGUCCUCUGGCUCUGCUGGUAGUAGCAGCAGCAUCAGCUUGUCUUGCUGUGAGGACGCAGGUGAAGUGGUAAACUGGGAACCCGACACGUCUUCCCACCAUCAGUUUCCGUCUCCAGACAAUUAUCCACAGUACGAUGAGGAUACCAUUUCAAAACUCAUCGACUUGGAAUCCGCUCAUAUGCCUUCUACCGAUUACCUCCACCGUUGCCAGGACCGUUCCAUCGACGUCAUAACCCGGCAGGACUCCAUCAAUUGGAUCCUAAAGGUGCAUGCAUUCUAUCACUUCAGCCCAGUAACGGCAUUUCUCUCCGUCAACUACUUCGAUCGUUUCCUCUCUUCUCAUUAUCUGCCGCAAGCAAAUGGGUGGCCGUUUCAGCUUCUAUCGGUGGCUUGUUUAUCUUUAGCAGCGAAAAUAGAGGAAUCCGAAGUGCCAUUGUUACUGGACCUUCAAGUAUUCGAGCCCAGAUUCGUUUUCGAACCUAAAACAAUCCAAAGAAUGGAGCUUUAUGUCAUGGCUACUCUCAAUUGGAGACUACGUUCUGUAACACCCUUUGAUUAUCUCCAUCACUUCAUUCGCAAGCUUCCUUCAUGCUCGACCCUGUUACCCGAUUCGUUUUCUUUGGUUAUCUCUACUUCUUCGGAUCUCAUACUCUGCACCGCCCGUGUUAUUGAUUUCUUGCGAUUUAGGCCGUCGACAAUGGCGGCAGCCGCUGCGCUUUGUGCCGCCGGAGAGAGUUUUGAAUUUCCUGCUGAUUACGCUUUUUUUCACGAGAGUGUAAACGAAGAAAUGGUGAGAAGCUGUCAACAACUAAUGGAGGAAUAUCUGAUCGACACGUGUCCUUCUGCUCGGCUCAAAGAGCUAAGAGUCAAACAGCCACCUGCGCCUCCAAGUCCAGUCGGUGUGCUCGAUGCUAUUGCUUGUGGCAGCUGUGACACGCGCUCCGAGCAUCCCAGCUCCAGCAGCCAAGUAGAGCCGCCAGCCAAGCGGUUGCGAUCUUCUGCUUCGGAUGUACAGCAAUCAUAGAUAAGACCCCACCUCAUUUCAUCUCAAGAAAAUUGGAGACCCUAUUUUUUGGUCAUUUUUAUGUCAUUAAUUAUAUAAUGAACGGUCGGGAUUGAAUGUAGUAGAGU